CGGGUCGCAAAUGCUGGAAUGUAGCCGAAUGUGCGACUGUCUGUCACGCGUUCCACGAGCCCACUGUUCGUGUUGUGUGGAGAAACAUGCCUGGGCUGCCUCCUUUGUGGCAGCUUCUGGCUCCGGAAGAGGUUGAUAUCCCUGGUCCUAGCGAAUGUCCUGAAUGGAACUAUCUUGAGCCAGUGAUUUCCGCUCGGCUGUACGAGGACCCCGUACGAUGGAACCGCUUCUUGUGGCACGCUGCCCACGUCCGCCAGCUAUGCAUCGAUGCCUACACCUUUCUAGAAAGAGAAAGGCUCCUAGGAUUGAAAGAACUUGAAUUGGACCUUGUCGAACUGGAACUUCGCGAAGCGGGAUGCGUCCUUCUUCAAGCCGUUGCUGUCAAGAACGGAGGAAGAUCUAUUCUUCCUGGCCUGCGCCGAAUAAAAUGUCUGGGGGGAACCCGAGCCCAAGCCUCGGUCCUCGUGUCCCUCUUCACGAGGACUCUGCACGAGGCGAGCUUCCUGUUCACUCACCAGGACGACUCAGAUAUCGCUACUCCUCAGCUGCUCCGGAGAUUUCGGGAGGUUUCUCCAUUCUUGGACAGCAUAGCCAUCGAUUGGUACUGGAAAGACACGCCUGACGCUGAAUCAUCGCUUGUUCAGGAGCUCGUUGCUUUCGAAUGUCUUCGCAACGUCAAAGUCACUCACCUCUCUCAGUUCUCUCUAUUGCGAGACCUUGUGACGAAACCCAACAUCGCCUCUGUCGAAGUAUUCCGUAUAAUCGGUCCAUGGGCCGGAUUAUCGCAGCCGAUUGCGGCCCCCAGCCUGUGCGAGCUGUCGAUCGAGGGAAGGAUGGCCACACUUACCUGUCUCUUUCAGUCUGUUCAAUUCCAAGCGCUAAAGGCUGCGAAGAUCCGCGCCACAUCUUCUCCAACGAGGCGUCUCGUAGCUGGCGACGUGGUAUUGUUCCUGGCAACUUUCGGCGCUGCUGUGUCACCCAGCUCUCUCCAGAGCCUCGAACUCUCCUUCCAUUGUGAAUAUGUCCCGGGCGCGCUCCGCGGCUGGUCGGGUCCCAUCCUCCCAUUUCGCGAGAUGCGCUCGUUUUCCUUAUCUUCGUGGAAUACCCUGUACUGGAGUGUGGACGACGAAGACAUCGGCUUGCUCACCCAGGCAUGGCCGAAGCUGGAGCGCCUUCGCAUGGACGGUGUGACUUGUUCCAAGCCCAUCCCCGCUUCAGCACUCUACCACCUCUACCGUUACUGCCCCAACCUCCGAGAGGUCUCGCUCCCCUCUCUCAGCUGCCCUAUCAUCGGCGUCCACUCGAUCCCCGCUCCGUCGGCAGAUAUCCCACCUCACGGGCUACAACGCUUGAGUGUCAAGGCAUUCGUUUCCCUACCCAGAUCUCGCCUCUCAAACCCGAAACUCGAGGGGUUUGCUCGGUACAUACUCGAUCUCUUUCCACGCUUGGAUAUCCAUGUAUGCAGGCUUGCACUAGACGAGUGGGAUCGCAAUCGCGGUCGGAUUGACCCCAAAACGCUCAUUCGCCUACUACCACCGGGUGCCGUUGUACUCGAGCGGGGUUGGGAGUCCGUUAUGCAGUUCAUGUGCUCGGUUUAUGAACAUCAGUAA